AGUUCCCUCUGGUGGUGCAGUCUCGAUCUCUCCAUCUUUAGGGCACACCUCCAAUCUCCUGUCCCUCCCUCCUUCCCUUUCUGGAACAGCCAGCCUCCUGAGACAGACAGUAACCUCUCUUCCAGUGCCAUCUUCAGUCCCGGCCCGGCCUUUCCAUAUCCAUAUCCCCUUUUUAUCCGCAUCAUCCUCUCGGUGGUUCUGGCGCCCCCAGCUCCUACCUAGCCUGUACCCCCUCAUCUCAAGCGCAUCUUUCCCUUGCAUCUUUCCCCUUUCAGCAUUACAGCCCUCGCCCUCAGCCCCCACCCCCUUCCAGCAGCGCACGCGCACUCCACCCCUCCCCAGGCUCGCUUCCGGCGGGGCGGGGCCGGGCGCGGGCCGGUGCAGGCGGGCGGGCGGGCGCCGGCCAUGCUCAUCACGCUAUGUUACUUGUACCUGUGGGCGCGCUGGGGGCGCCGGCCGGCCGCCUUGGUGCUCGCCACGGUGCGGCGGCUGCGCGCCUCGCGCUGCUCCUUCACCUUCUGCCGCGCCGCCGCGCAGCCCGGGGGCGCGCGCGUGUGCCUGAGCCGCGGCGGCCGCGUCUUCUGCGUCGGCGAGAGCCAGUCUAUUGAUGACUUGAACAAGUGGGCCCUGUUUCUUGUCUCUCCCUUCGUACUUGAGGCAGAACAAAUAGCAUUUGUGACCGAAAGCAUUUGGGCACAAGGCGACAGUUUCCAGAAGGCAGCAUCUUCAGAAACAGUUGUAAAAUGGUCGGACUGCUGUUUGCCAUUAGCUUUCCGACCAGGGGAUCCCUACCAGUUCAUAGCUAAAGCAAGCGUGGACAACUUCAGCAAGCUCGGGGUGGCAUUUAUGGAGGAGAGGCUCCAGAUGGACCAUGGACUGAUAGCCCAGAAGAUUGUUUCAGUUCACUUAAAGGACCCCGCUCUGAAGGAAGUCAGCGAGGCCUUCGCUGAGCAGGUCCAAGCCCUGCCACUGGACCCAGACCCUUCCCUUGAGGCUGAAUCUGUGCAGGGCGUCAUGGAGUGUCCUGGCCAUGGUGACCCGAAGGCUACCAGUGAAGGCUCCUCCCUACUGAGGAGAGGCUGUGCAUCUGCAGAUGAGCCGGCUGCAGAUGGUGACCCUGGGCAGAGCUCCGCAGAGCUCCAUCAGCUUCACCUGUCCAGUUGCCAUGAGUGUUUGGAACUUGAGAACAGCACCAUCGAAUCAGUGAGGUUUGCGUCUGCAGAGAACAUUCCGGAUCUUCCCUAUGAUCACAGCAGCAGCGCGGAGGAUGCUGCAGAUGAACUCUGCCCUGAACGGGAAGGGAGGAGAGUCAACCUUUCGGGAAAGGCACCCAAUAUCCUGCUGUAUGUGGGCUCCAGUUCCGAGGAAGCCCUGGGUCGGCUCCAGCAGGUGCGGGCUACCCUGACCGACUGCGUGGACACCGACAGCUACACGCUCUACCAUCUGCUGGAAGACAGUGCUCUCAGGGACCCGUGGCCAGACAACUGCCUGCUAUUGGUGGUUGCCACCAGGGAACCCAUCCCCAAAGACAUAUACCAGAAGUUCAUGGCCUAUCUUUCUCAGGGAGGGAAGGUGCUGGGCCUGUCUUCCUCCUUCACGUUUGGUGGCUUUCAGGUGGCUGGCAAGGACCUGCUACAGAGCACAGUCCAGAACUUGGUUUUCUCAAAGGCUGAUGGGAACGAGGUACGGCUUAGCGUCCUGAGCAGCGGCUAUGUUUAUGAGGAAGGCCUCAGUCUGGGCAAACUGCAGGGCCACCUAGAGAACCCAGACAAGGACAAGAUGAUUGUUCACGUGCCUUUUGGAAGCCACGGAGGAGAGGCCGUUCUCUGCCAGGUGUACCUAGAACUCCCUCCGAGUGCUUCCAUGGUGCAAACUCAAGAGGACUUCAACGUGCUUAAGUCCAGCAACAUGAAGAGGCACGAAGUCCUUAAGGAGAUCCUGACGACCCUUGGCCUAAGCUGUGAUGUUCGACAAGUUCCUGCCUUAACUCCGCUCUACUUGCUGCUGGCUGCUGAGGAAAUCCGGGAUCCGUUCAUGCGGUGGCUGGAGAGGCGUGUGGACCCUGGAGGAAUCAUCAAGUCCAGCAAGCUCGCCCUGAGGUUCAUUUCCUCCCACACGUCUGAAGGGGAAGUUUCCCCGUCUUCUCUACCUGUGGUUACUGACCCCGAAGCCUUCUCAUCAGAGCACUUUGACCUAGAGACGUAUCGCCGCAAUCUGCAGACCACGUGGCUCGGGAAAGUAAUUCUGUUUGCAGAGGUGACCACCACAACCAUGAGUCUCCUGGAUGGGUUGAUGUUUGAGAUGCCACAGGAAAUGGGUUUAAUCGCCAUUGCUGUUCGGCAGACCCAGGGCAAAGGAAGGGGUCCAAAUGCCUGGCUGAGCCCUGUGGGGUGUGCCCUUUUCACCCUGCUGGUCUCCGUUCCCCUGAGAUCACAACUGGGGCAGAGGAUUCCAUUUGUCCAGCAUUUGAUGUCCCUGGCUGUCGUGGAGGCCGUGCGGUCCAUCCCAGAGUACGAGGAGAUCAACUUGCGAGUCAAGUGGCCCAACGAUAUUUAUUACAGUGAUCUCAUGAAAAUUGGUGGAGUUCUGGUUAAUUCAACACUCAUGGGAGAAACGUUCUAUAUCCUUAUCGGCUGUGGAUUUAACGUGACUAACAGUAACCCGACCAUCUGCAUCAACGACCUCAUCGCAGAGCACAAUAAGCAGCGCAGUGCAGGCCUGAAGCCCUUGAGAGCCGAUUACCUCAUAGCCAGGGCGGUCACUGUGCUGGAGAGACUGAUUGACGCGUUUCAGGACCAGGGGCCCAGUGGUGUCCUUCCUCUCUAUUAUAAAUACUGGGUGCACAGUGGUCAGCAAGUCCGCCUGGGCAGCACCGAGGGGCCACAGGUGUCGAUCGUGGGGCUUGAUGAUUCCGGGUUCCUGCAGGUCCACCAGAAGGGUGGUGAGGUUGUGACGGUGCAUCCAGAUGGCAACUCCUUUGACAUGCUGAGAAACCUCAUCAUGCCCAAGCGACAGUAGUGUGUGUCCCCAGACAGCUUGGACCUGCCCUGCGCAGCAGCAGCAGCAACAGCAGCAGCAGCAGCAGCAGCAGCAGCAGCAGCAGCAGCGAACCCGACAGGGAAGCCACUCCCGUGAGCUCCUGGGAGCUCCACCAAGCACUCUGCUGACAUGGCUGUCGUCUUUGCCUGCCCAGGGCCUGAGAGACUGACGUAGAGUUGUAGGCCAGUGUCUUCUCCCGGCCAUUUGUUAGCUCUUCCGCUUAUUGGUUCCCUGUCCCUGCUCCCACCCCGUUCCACCCCACCCCCGAGUUUGGGUUUUGGUUUUGUCUUUUUAUAUCUGCGAUUGUGUUGCGUGUUUGAAGAUGAAGAAGGUAAGGGUUGACAGGUGGAGAUGCAGCUUAGCUUAGUCGGGUUUGCCUCUCACGGUGUCAAAUGCUCUUUCCACAGGGCUUGGACGUGUGUUUCCUAGGAGAAAAUGAGGGACAGGGAGUUGGAAAUGCAAUGAGAUGGUGCAGGUAUUUCCCAAGCAGUGAAGGUUUUUCUAUUCAAACAGUGAAUGCCCUGCGCUCGGGCAGAUGCUGCAUUGGAGUUGGUCCUCUUGUGAGCCUCCAGAGGGUUUGCCCGGAACACACCGUGGUGCUUAGGCCUUGAGCUGUUUUCUGCUUUGUUUCUGGGGCUGCUGUUGCUUUUCUUAAUCAGGGUGGGCUCUCUGAGGUCGCUCCGCUCUGACAGUGCAGUAACACAGGGCUGAAGAGUAGCCGCCAGCCCGCAUGGUCGCAGUGGCCUUGGAGAGGAAGUCAGUUCCUCGCUUUGCCCUUCUGCAGUGAGCACUCCUUCCCAGGGUCAGAGGCGCCAAGGUUUAUACUUUUAAGACAAGGUGGCACCUUCCUUGGAGGUUGAUGCUUAGCCUGGAUUGGAAAUAUCAGCUCACUCUCCUGCCCACACAAGGGAUGAUUCUUGGAGAUUUUAAGCCUGUCGUGGGCUCUGUUAGCAUGUGGAGCAUUCCCAGGGGGCUGCCCUCAUGCCGGAUGGAGUGUGUGGCACUGUAUCGUAAGUCUAGAUUUACUGCCCCUAUUAUACUGUCAUCAAAGAAAGAGAUACUGACCCAAAAGUUUGGAGGUGCUUGUGUGUGUGUGUGUGCAAGCGUGCAUGUGAGCCCAAGCACUCACGUAUGACUUUAAAAGAUGUUCAAACUCUGAUGUGCUAAAAGUGUCCGUGGAAGAACAAAGGAGAGGAAGCCUUUCUAGGUUUGUUUCCAGAUGUGUGCGCGCUUCCCAUGUCCCUCCCAUCUCUGUGGAGUUCGUGAAUCAUACCCGUUACUGCCCAGCCUUAAAGAACCAACUCCUGUCUGCCCUCCCCGCUUCCUGCACAGUUAAUGGAAAGGAAACGGAACAGAAUGUGCAGCUUUGAACAAGAUCCCCUCGUCACAAAUGAGUACCAUCUUUAUCCAGGUCUUAUGCAGUCAGGCCACGCUGCAGAAACCUGAGGUGUUCGGUAGAGAAAUCCAUCUCCCUCAGGCUAGCGCAGACAACCCCCCUGGAAGCAAGAAAUAACCUGGCCAACCCCACCAACCUGAUCUGUGUUUGAGGGCGUGCAGCUUUUAAAGAAUUCAAAAGGUCACUUUUUUGCAUAUGUAUUUAUAUUUAGGUCUUUUUUUAAUACAUGUGAGUUUAAAUAAAACUCUACACCACACCAAAAUUACAAAAUGGACUGCGCCUUGAGGGGGCGUCUGUAAAAUGUCACCGCGGGGAAGAUCUCCAGGCUGAUGUUGUAAGCUUCAGUUCUCAGACUUUGUAAUAUAAGGCCGUUGUCUCUCAGGACUGCCACCAUUAAGUUUUAAAUUUCUUUGGGGGAUUAUUUAAUGAAAAACAUACUAUGUUUUAUUUUAAGCUGAAAGCCUAUUCUGGGUAGUUCUACUUCGGGGGAAAAAUGUUAUCAUUUAAUUUCCUUUCUGUAAGUUAAAACUAAUGAAGUGUGGUCCUGUCAGGGCAGACGGAGAUGUCCUGGCCAUGGCGCUUGGCCUCUCUGAGGAGUUACACUGUUUAGGGGUAUUCUCGAUUAUGGAAAGGUGACGCCCACUUGUCCUGAGAGCGGCAAAGUAGCCUUGAAGCAGAUGCUUCUCGUUCACCUGGCUUUGCCUCACAUGAACCAAAGACUUCCAAGUCCACGUCGUAGAGAGCAUUCUACUGAUAGAGGUGGGGAGGCUGCUCCGUCCCUGCUACGUGCAUGGGUGGGUAUUUAUUUACAGACUCAGCAGUCUGAGAUCUCAAGGAACUUUACGGGGUCUUAAGGGAAACUUUGCUAUGUCCUAACCUUGAGAUGUGGCCUCCUAACUCAGAAACUGCAUGUGCUUUAGAGCAGGAGACUCCUGACGGGAAGCUGCUACAUAUCUACCCUGUAUAGUAAGGCACAUGGAGCAAAACUGGGUCUCAUUUGACCCGGCUAACGCAAUGAGGGAGCCCUGACAGCAAGGGCCAUAAGUGGCAGACUCCUGUCCUGUGGAUCUCACUGUGCGCCAUGGCAGGACCCAACGUGGAAGCCAUGUCGAUACACAGCCAGUGAGGGACCACAAACUCUGGGGGUUCCCCUACACCUAGCACACCGUGUGGUAACCCCCUGGCCUGUCUCACCCGGAGGGGAAUCUUAGGGGCUUUGCUUUGACCUGUCAGAAAUGGGACCUCCCCAUUCCUGGUUCUUCACUAUGCAUCUUUGAAAUAAACAAAAACGUAAACCUUUGCUGUUUUUUUUAUUUUUUAGCUUUUCAAAGAAUCAUCUCUGAAAAGAAUUACUGUAAACCAAUGCCUAUAAAGUCAGCCCUA